GACAGGCUGUGGGCUGUUCUGGGGUUGCCUUGCCCCUGGAGGGGAGUGGGGAGGUGGUGAGGUGCACACUGGACCUUCUAGGAGCAGGGCAUCAGGGCAGGAGAGAAUGUGUACAUUAGCAAUUAAGGAACUAAUUAGGGGACAGGGUGAGGCAUGGGAGCAACUGGUCUGUGAGUUAAAAACAAAUUCAAAAUAAAAAGUUACUUAAGAACAGGCCAGUUCUUUGCUCCUGGCACGGCUGCCAUCUCGGCCGUGAGUCAGAUGCCUUCCGUGUGUGAGCACGUUGCUCAGUGCCUCCUCUUCCUUCGGCUCCGUCCGUCCUUGUGUUGAGAACGCCGUGACGUCUCUCUCCUUCGCUGCCACCCGUCUGGCUGAGGCCUGCUCUCUGGCGGAGCGCCGCGUCAGCCCUGCUCCUCGGGAGUGCCUGGGGGCCUAGUCCUGUGGAUGCCCGGGCGCGUUUCACAUCAGCUUGGGGGCUCUCUGAGAUGGAGCUGAGGCCUGGAUUGGGACUGAGCUGCUCUGGGGAGCCUGCGGAGAGCGGACAUCUGCACAGCACCGCGUCCUCGGGGGCCCGGCAUGUUAUGUGCCAGGGCAGGUCUGGCAGAACACUGCUGCACCACCGGCUCCUGGACGCCAGGCCUUAUGAGGGUUCUCCCAUCUCCCGCCACUGUCCUUUCUGCUCCAGGCUCCACCCACUUGUCCCAUGUCCUCAGUCCCCUCUGCUCUGUGACCAGUUCCCUUUCCCUGUUUCUCAUGGCCUCCACCCUUGGGGAGAGGGCUGGCCAGGAGUUUUGUAGAAUGCCCCUCAUGAGGGUUUGCCUCGUGCUUUCUCAGGAGUAGAUGGGGUGGGGGGCUUUUGGAAGGAGACCCGCAGAGUCAAAGUGCCCUUCUCGUCCAGAAGUCCGUGACAUCCAUGGGACUCGUCUCUGCCAGGGCCGGGACCUGAAGCUGUGCCUAUGGGACCUGGCAGAGGGCAGAAAUGCUGUGGUGGAUUCCGUGCGCCUGGAGAGCAUCGGCUUCUGCAGGGGCUCUGUCCUGGCGAGGGGCCAUCAGCACUGGACGCUGGCUGUGCCAGGGAGAGGCAGUGAUGAGAUUCAGAUUCUGGAGAUGCCAUCCAAGACGUCAGUGUGCACCCUAAAGCCGGAGGCAGAUGCCAAGCCGGGCAUGCCCAUGUGCCUGGAGCUGUGGCAGGCCGACUCCAGCCCCCGCCCGCUCCUCCUGGCUGGCUAUGAGGAUGGAUCGGUGGCCCUGUGGGACGUUUCCGAGCGGAAGGUGUGCAGCCGCAUUGCCUGCCACACAGAGCCCGUCAUGGCCCUUGACUUUGACUCCCAGAAGGCCAGGGGCGUCUCAGGCUCCGCAGAGAAAGCGCUGGCUGUCUGGAGCCUGGAUGAGCAGCAGGCCCUGCAGGCACUCAGGACUCAGGAACUCACCAACCCUGGAAUCGCUGAUGUCAAGAUCCGGCCAGACCGCAAGAUCCUGGCCACCGCAGGCUGGGACCAUCGCAUUCGUGUGUUUCACUGGUGGACAAUGAAGCCCCUGGCUGUGCUGGCCUUCCACAGCGCUACCGUCCACUGUGUGGCCUUCGCCACUGACGGCUUGAUGGCUGCGGGAUCCAGGGAUCAACGCAUCAGUGUCUGGUCACUCUACCCACGCACGUGACUUGCCCACUCCCUUGUCAGGAUGUGUGGAGGGCAGGGAAGUGGCCGCCCGCACUCCAGCCUGACCCAGGUGUGUGGAAACCAUAUGUGGGGACCCUGAGGAUGGCAAGUCGCGGGUUCUCUUCCAGUUACGAGAAGAGCCCAGUCCAUGGAGUCCUUGCUUUCUGCACGAGCCUUGUGUUUCCUUUCAUGAAAUACAGCAUCUGUACAACUGGC